AUGUGUGUGGUUGCCUGUGUACAGGAGAACGGCAGGAGGCAGAAGUCCCAGGUGUGUGUGGUUGCCUGUGUACAGGAGAACGGCAGGAGGCAGAAGUCCCAGGUGUGUGUGGUUGCCUGUGUACAGGAGAACGGCAGGAGGCAGAAGUCCCAGGUGUGUGAGAAGUUGGACCAUCUGUACACCAUCUUGGAGGAGAGGAAGAGGGACUUAAGUUUGAAGUUGGAGGCCGAGCAGGAAGAGAAGCUUAACUACAUCCGUGGUUUAACCAAGAAGUACAGAGAGCACCUGGAGCGGAGCUGUAGGACCGUAGAGACAGGCAUACAGACCAUGGAGGAACCAGAGAUGGCCGUCUUCUUACAGGUGACUGACACAAACACACUUCCUCAACAUUCAGGCUUGAAUCCUGAUUUAAGUUUCACACUGCAAAAGACCUCAUUAAAAAGAUUGGGGAGGCGUCGAGCACCUCCCACCUGGAUAAAGGUGGAGCGUGGAUAUGAGGCGAUGGAUCACUACACCGUUAACUCCUGGAGAGAGGGCAGGGCUCUGGGUAACAUCGACUUCAUCUCAGGGUUCCCCAACUGGCAGGCCGAAAAAGACUAA